ACAACUAUAACUGUAAAGUCUUGUUACUAUCAUUUUUGUUAUGAUUGACAAAUGAUGAUUUACUUGUACGCUUUAUAUUUAUUAUUUUCACAAGAUGACAGUGAUGGUAUUUUUCACUCGUAGUUUUCUGCACUUGGUACUAUGGCCUCGAAUCAUGCCAUCUCAACUUACAGAGGAGAGUGGAAACCAAUUUACAGCAAUCGCAGAUUUUUACGGAAAGCACAAGUCCUUCGUAUUGAAGAUCCUUUUGAGCAAACUGAAAAUGCUGCUAGAGCUGUUGACACCGAAGGGCUUGCUAUGAUAUCACAGACAUUCUCAGACAUGCACAGGAAGCUUUCAUCGCGCUCUGCACCCUUGGAUCGGACAUUAUUGCUUGACAAUCUUGUAAGACCUGAAAUCAAAUCAGAUCUUGAGCAUCGAAGAGUGCCAAUGAACCCAAGAUGAGUUCCUUCCAUCUGUGAAUCGGACGCAGCAGCCUCACGAUUGUUCGGCAAAGCCAGAGAGUAGUCAAUACCGUUUUGUUUGAAGAUAGGAUGAGAACCAUCAAUCACAAUGGUCAUGCAAUGGUAAGUUAGCUGUGAUACUAUGACAAAUUUGGUAUGUUGGAUGAUGUUUGGAAUGUGAUCACCAAAACUUUUCUGCUUUAA